AUGUCUCAAUCAUAUCGAAAUAUUGAAGGAGAUAUUAAUCGAUUUGAUGAUGUUUUUCAUCAAUAUGAUGAUGAUGAUAAUAUCGAUGGAAAGGAAGAUUCCAAUAUUGAUAUUGAUGCUUUUUUUAUGAAUAUGGGUAAUGAUAAUAAUGAAGAUAUAAUUGAAAUCGAACAAUUCAAUGAUGAUAAGGACAAGAUGAUUGAUUUAAUAGUCGAAGAAGAACAUCUUUCUCAAAAAUUAAGUCAAUUAUCUGCUUCUGGUAAAGAUCAACAACAAAAUGAGAAUGAUAAUCAAUCAAAAUUAUCAACAGUAAAAAAGCGACCAUCGUUAACACCAACUACAACAAUAGCUGCAACAACAACGAAAAAAAUGAAACCAAAUGAAGGCGACCAAUCAAGUGAUAUGAUACCAAAAUAUUUAUCCAAUAAUAAUAAAGCAUUCGAACAAAUGAUUAAUCCUCUACUUCAAAAGGCUGCCAAUUCGAUUAAUAUUGAAUUAUUACGAGAGAUUGCUGUUCUUAUUCAUCAACUUGAAUGUAUCAAUAUAGAUAGAUCAUUAUGGACUACCUAUUUACGUUCUGGUACAAGUACAUUAAAACCACAAGCAACAACGAAACUCUUUUUAUGGUCUAUAGAAGUUAAACAGAGAAUGAUUGAUUGUGGUGAAGCAACCACAUCUAAUCCAGAUGAAAUUGAUCAAGAUUCUUGUCUGAGUUAUGUUAAUAGAGUUCUAGAAAAAUUUCAAAAUCAAACAAACUAUUGUCAAACUCAAUUGAGAGAACGAAAACAACGUUUAAAUAAUUCUUGGACAUCUGAAAUUGAAGAAGCAAUCACAAAAUUUGUUCAACAAUAUGUUACAGCUGUAUAUAAAUUACCUAAAGAAGGACAAAUGGUUGCUGUCGAAUAUGAUUAUAGUGAUCGUUUACUUCAAUUGGAAUAUUAUCAAGAAAAUCCUAAUGAAUAUCAAGCAAUAAUCUUUCAAGAUCUUUUUCAAUUGAAAUCUGCAAAAGAAACAAGUAAACUUGAUGUUGCUAUAUUGAAACAACGUAUUACUUAUAAUCAUUUACCAUUAUCAUUUGAUACACUUCAAAUACCAGCACCGAAAUCAUUAAAUACAAUUGAUGAUCGAUCUCUUCGUCAACGUUUAACAGAUCGAUAUGAAAAAAUUUUACAACAAACAAAAUCUGAUAUGAUGAUGGUUUAUAUUGCAACAGCCGAAGCAAAAAUGAAUGAAAAUGAAAAGAAAUUUGAUGCUAUCAUGGUUAAAAUGAAAAGAAAUCAAAAUUCUGAUCUACCCGAUUACAAAUUAACUCAAACAAUCUCCGAUGGUCAAGAAUUAGAUUGGAUCGAUCGUCGGAGCAUUUUCAUUCAAAAAUCCAAUAUCACCUGUUCACCAACAAUAAUUCAAGAUGCACCUCAUCAUUUAUCUAUAGAACAUAUAAGAUUUCUCAAUCGUGGACCAACUUAUAUUCCACCAGGUCAAAUACAUAUUUUAUCAAAAUCUUCAUUAACAUUAGCUGAAAUGAUUACAAAACAAAUGGCACCACUUCGACGAGAACUUACUAAACUUUUUACUAAAUAUCCAGUUGAUCUAUCUCGUCGAAUGAAUUUUGAAAAAUUAAUUGAACAAUUAUUCAAUGAAUCAUUUCUUCAAUCGAUGCCUUCCAUACUUGAAGAACGUGCACUCUAUGAAAAACAACUCAUUCAAUCAAUUCAAUAUUACUUAAAAAAAGAUCAACUUAUGCUACGACGAACAGCUGAUAAUAUGAAUACAUAUUAUCUUGGUCGAUUGGAUGAAUUUAAUGAGAAAUCAAAUGAUUAUAUUCAAAAUUCAACAUGCUAUGAAUUAAUUGGAACCAUUGAUGAAAUUCAUACAGAACAACAACAUUUAAAUGAAAUUAUUCUAUCUAUUAAUUCUCAAUUAGAAAUAUUAUAUGAAAGAAAAUUAAUUAAUAGAGAUCAUUUAACUCAAUGGAAUAUUGAUAAAAAAUCAACUAUCAAUCUUCCAUAUCUUUAUUUCUUACCAGAAACCAAUGAGGAUGUUCAUAUAUCAGUACAACCAAGAUUAACAUCAUAUCGUCAUUGUCCAAUAUAUAUUCUAGCUACUUAUCUUGAUCAACUUCUUCGACCAUUAUUUAAUAGUUUUUCUCGAUCAACGACAUGUCUGAAUGGUUUUGAUUUUAUGCAAAAAUUAAAACAUUAUUAUUUUACACAAUCACAUCCAUUUUGA